AGACUCCAGCCAUCGCGCCGGGAGCCCCGUGGAGCAGAGAUCGGCAGACGCGUCCGCGCCUCGGGAGGAGCCGGCCCUUCUCCUCUUCGCCUCGGCUUCUUUGACUGCAGCUGCACCUCGGCCCGGGAGCGCAGGGCUUCUUAUGCCUCAUGGUGACAGGUGGAAAUCAUGACCAAGAAGGGCAGUAUGAAGCCAGGGAAGAAAAACAAAGUGGAAGAACCUGAACUGGAGCCCCUGUGCUGCUGCGAGUACCUAGAUCGAAAUGGGGAAAAGAACCACGUGGCUGCUUGUUUGUGUGAUUGCCAAGAUCUGGAUGAAGGGUGUGAUAGAUGGAUCACGUGCAAGUCCGUGCAGCCUGAGACCUAUGAAAGGAUCAUGGAUACGAUCUCUGACCGCCUCCGGAUUCCUUGGCUUAGGGGAGCCAGGAAAGUUAACAUUAGCCUCCUUCCCCCCCUCUUCCUGCUGCCUGUCUUCCUCCGAGUGGCUUCGUGGCAUUUCCUCCUGGGGGUGGUGGUUUUGACCUCCCUCCCUGUGCUGGCUCUGUGGUACUACUACCUCACUCACAGAAGGAAAGAACAGACUCUGUUUUUCCUGAGCCUCGGACUGUUCUCUCUGGGCUACAUGUACUACGUGUUCCUGCAGGAGGUGGUCCCCAGGGGGCGUGUAGGGCCCACUCAGCUGGCUCUGCUUACCUGCGGGUUACUUCUCAUACUCUUAGCCUUGUGCCGAGCCAAGAAGGAUCCAGGCUACCUCAGAAACCCAGCAAACGAUGACAGAUCUCUAAGCGGCAGCCAAACCGAAUACCUGAACAGAACAGGUCUGGAGAAGCCCAAAGGGUUCCCGGGCGCAGACCCAGCGGGCGGUCUCAACAACCGCGCGCCCAAGGAUGAGCCUAAGGGCUGCCCCAGGACGUCGGCCGGAAGCCCCGCCACGGGGAAGGAGGACUGGUGUGCCAAGUGCCGGCUGGUGCGGCCGGCCCGGGCCUGGCACUGCCGGAUCUGCGGCGUCUGUGUGAGGAGGAUGGAUCAUCACUGCGUCUGGAUAAAUAGCUGUGUCGGAGAAUCAAAUCAUCAAGCAUUUAUGCUUGCCCUUCUGGUCUUCCUCCUCACCUCGGUGUACGGGAUAGCGCUGACCUUGGACACCAUUUGUACGGAUAGAAGUGUCUUCACAGCUCUUUUCUAUUGCCCUGGAGUUUAUGCAAAUUACAGCUCAGCUCUGUGCUUCACCUGCGUGUGGUACUCUGUGAUCAUCAUGGGGGGCAUGGCCUACAUCUUCCUGAUCCAGCUGAUAAACAUCAGCUACAACGUGACGGAGAGGGAAGUGCAGCAGGCCCUUCGACAGAAGACGGGGCGCCGGCUGCUCUGCGGGCUCAUCGUGGACACAGGCCAGUACAAUCGGGGCUUCCUGCGGAACUGGCACCAGUUCUCCACCCUGGGCACGCACCCCUUCCACCACCCUGCUGAGGACAUAGUAUGA